AUGAUUAUCAAAAAGAGAAGAAUAUCUGAACGAAGCCAGUCAAAUUUUCAAGCCACGGUUUCGGUUUCCGAUGAUGAAAGCAGAGAGAAGUUGAAGAUGAAUCUGGGAGUCUGUUGCUUUCCUAAAGAUAUGGGGUCGAACCCAGAAAGUCUAGGAGAAGACGCGCAUUUUAUUUGCCAAGAAAGGCAAACCUUUGGAGUGGCUGAUGGUGUUGGUGGAUGGGCUAAGAAAGGUAUUGAUUCUGGGAUUUUUUCAAGAGAACUCAUGUCCAAUUAUCUUACUUCUCUCCGAUCCUUGAAGCCUGGCCAAGCUGUUAAUCUCAAGAAAAUAUUGCUAAAAGCGCAUUCCAAGAGUGUUGCUUUAGGAUCAUCCACCGCCUGUGUUGUUAGCCUUAAAAGAGACCGUUUGUGUUAUGCCAAUGUGGGUGAUAGCGGUUUCAUGGUUUUUAGAGGGAAAAGGCUUGUUUACAGGUCACCAACACAGCAGAAAUAUUUCAACUGUCCUUUUUCCUUGGGGAAUUGGGUUCAUGAGGGUAAGCGCCCGGUUUCAGUUUUCCUUGGUGAAUUUGAUGUAGAGCAGGGGGAUGUUGUGGUUGCUGGUUCUGAUGGAUUGCUUGAUAAUAUUUUCGGCUCUGAGAUUGAGGAGAUUCUUCAAGAAACUGAAGGAAGAUCUUGGCCUCAGGAUCUUGCAUGGGCCAUUGCAACUGUUGCGUCCAUGAAUUCAACCAGCGAGGAAUAUGAUUCUCCCUUUGCAAUUGCUGCCGAGUCUGAAGGAAUCGAGCACGUUGGAGGCAAAGUUGAUGACAUUACUGUCAUUGUUGCUGUAAUCGAGCUGGACCAGUGA